AUGGGGGAGAGGAUCCCCUCGCACCCCUUCCCUGCGGGCAACCUGUGCAACAGGCAUCCGCAUACUGUGAGCUGCUUGCUGUGUGUGGCUGCCUCCUGCCCUCACUUUGCGCCAGGGCAGCGAGGGCUGCCCCUCUGCCUCUCCACCACUGACCAGCCCUUCCUCUCUCCACAGCAAGGAGAGCUCAACUCCUUCCUCUGGACCAUCCGCCGUGACCCCCCUGCUUAUCUCUUUGGCACCAUCCACGUGCCAUACACGCGGGUGUGGGACUUCAUUCCUGACAACUCCAAGGCUGCCUUUCACGCCAGCUCCAGUGUCUACUUCGAGCUGGACCUUACCGACCCCUAUACCAUCUCGGGCCUGGCCAGCUGCCAGAUGUUGCCCCAUGGGGAGAACCUGCAGGACGUGCUGCCCCGGGAGCUCUACCGCCGCCUCAAGCGCCACCUGGACUACAUCAAGCUGAUGCUGCCCCACUGGAUGACCCCGGACCAGCGGGGCAAAGGACUCUACGCCGACUACCUCUUCAACGCCAUUGCUGGGAACUGGGAGCGCAAGAGGCCUGUUUGGGUGAUGCUUAUGGUGAACUCCUUGACGGAGACCGACAUCCGCUCCAGAGGGGUGCCGGUGCUUGAUCUCUACCUCGCCCAGGAGGCUGAGAGGAUGAAGAAGACAACGGGUGCGGUGGAGAGGGUGGAGGAGCAGUGUCACCCGCUGAAUGGGCUCAACUUCUCCCAGGUGCUGUUUGCUCUAAACCAAACUUUACUCCAACAUGAAAGUCUCCGAGCAGGUAGUUUGCAGGCCCCAUAUACCACUGAAGAUCUCAUCAAGCAUUAUAACUGUGGAGACCUGAAUGCUGUCAUAUUCAAUCAUGACACUUCUCAGGAUGAGACUAACUCAUCAAAAGAAGACUUAACUAAAAUAGGAGAAUUUUCACAUAAAGCCUCCUUAUGCAUGAGCGAACUGCAGAGCAGGUCCCUGGAUUCCUGGUUCAGCUACAUCAUCCGGCUACCUAUUAACCCAGGAUCUCAGUCCAAAGGAAAUACAAAGGCUUGUGUUACCUAUGUAGAACCGAUUGAUUCACAGCUUUACUUUACAGAGGUUAUUGCAAGUCUCGACAGCUACUUCAGACAGGAGCUCAUCUACAAGAGGAACGAGAGGAUGGGGAAGAGAGUGAUGGCGCUUUUAAGGGAGAAUGCAGACAAGAGUUUCUUUUUUGCCUUUGGAGCAGGUCACUUCCUGGGUAACAACACUGUGAUUGAUGUACUGAGACAAGCAGGAUUUGAAGUGGAGCACACCCCUCCUGGACAACCAAUUGGAAAUUCAAGGACAGCAAAGAUAAGCCCAGCCUUAGAGGGGUCUUCUGCAACCGCCCUACCUGCUGUCCAGUUUUCUGAGCAGGUCCCACUCACAUCUCCUUCCCUGAAGCCCCUGCAGAUGGAUGAAGAAGACAGCCUGUCUCCUCACCUUCUGCUACCAGACAGCAUCAGCCAGCUGGAAGAGUUUGGCAGGCAGAAGAAAUGGCACAAGAAGCAGCACAAACACCAUCGCCAGAGGCAGUUCAAUGACCUCUGGGUUCGGAUAGAACACAGCACCACCACAUUGCCUUCCUAUAUCAGGAUAACCAAUGGUUACAUCACAGUCAAACCUCCCGUUUGGAUUUCAAACCGGCUGGAUCAGAGACCGCGUUCAGAUCACCCAUCCCAGCCUCAGCCUACAAGCUCAACUUCAACCAGCAUUUUAUGGCCAUCAAUAACUUCUUCUUUCUGUGUGGCGAUAGCUAUUUUUCUUCUGAAUCUACUGCAACCUUCCUGACCACAUUAGUAUUAUGUGCAAUCCCUUGGAAUAGAGAAGAAAGAUAAUUUAUGAAAGAAUUGGAGGUUAUGACAACAACAUUUACAAACUGAACCUUCUCAGUGAAUCAGUAGUGCCUUCUAGCUGAUUUUGUCUCUUUGUCCAGAUACAUUUUGAAACUCUAAAGCUUUAUUGUAACACUGACUUACAUCUUCUUUUUGUAGAAGGAUCUUUAUUUCCCAUAGUGCUAUGGGGUUUUGUAAAAUAUACAUGUUCAUAUAAAGAAAAAAAAAGAAAAAGAAAAAAUGUAUUUAUUCGACUGGUAAACUUAUUUUUUUCUUGUUGUAUAUGUUAAUAACAUCCCUAUUAAUCAGUAGUGAUGGUGAAACAGAUAAAUUAAUAUUUUCUAUAUUUGUUUUCUAACUGACAACUCUGCAAGUGUCUGAACUGACACCCUAUGAAUGGCUUGUUCAUUUCUUUAACCAUUACUUUCCACAGCAGCUGUCCAAUAAGUACAUUUCUGCUGAAUUUCUUGGUUGUUUUUUUUAAUUCUAAUUAGCCUAACUUAUACUGAAUAAAACAGAUCCUCUCUGUGGCCUAAUCCCAUUAGAAAAAUAGGUGAAUUCUUAUCUCAAAUUAGCUACGACAACCUAAAAUCUCAGUUAUUUUUAUGUGACUUAGUAAGUCAUUAGUCAAGAUAACACUCUGAGUUCCCCAGUUGUGUUUAACUCAACUACUUAACUUAUCUGAAAAUUACCAAUUUCCCUCUUUGCCUUGGGAUUAAUUAGCUAACUCAAAUUAAGAAACCUUUCUCUUAAUAAAAAAUUCUGUAAUAAUUCUACGGGAGUAAUUCUUCUCUCUCCUUCAUCUUAUAUAAACAUAACCCUACAGUCUGGGUAUAAAAAUGCAGUAUCCUGCUAAUCUAUAAAGCUUCUUGAUACCAGUUAUAUUAAUACAGAUAGGCAACCUGGAGGGCAGAAAAUAUCUAGAAAUUCAUCUUCAUCUUGCUAUUAUGAUGCUUAGAGCUGGUACCUCAGUGCUGAAUUAUGGCUGGUCCAAAAUCUGUUCAAGACAGCAAGUAUUGAGUUAAGCCAUAUAUCAUGGAGGCAUACAGAAAGUUCCUCCAUUUGUAGACCUUGGUACCUUUAUUGAUUUAGAUGGAAAAGUUAUCACAGCUUACACUCACUGAAACUUUUUUUUCCUCUCCAAGCAGCUACUUUUCAUGACUGAGAUGAAGAACACCUGUGGGAAAACCCCAUGUCCACCUUAGAAGCUACUGUGUUUAAUAUAUCAUGUUGAUUUUUCUUCCCCAUCAGGUCAUGUUUGAUGAAAAACGACUUUUGAUACAAGACAUUUAAAUGGAAAAAUAGUUUUCAGUUGAAAUAAUCUCUUUUUUCUAAGUCAUCUACAAAACAAAAAUCCAAAAUAUUUGAUGAAAACAUAUUGGUUGAAAAGAAGAUUCAGAAAACAGAAAACUACUAUGCAAACUCUUUUUUUUUUUUAAUGAGAAAAGCUCAGAUGACAAUUACAAUAAUAGUGAUAAAAGUCUGACUGAAAGCCUUCAUGUCACUUUUCCACCAGCCCUAAAGCUUGGUCUCCAGGACUGGAGAUGGUUCCAUGUAAUCUUCAAGCCUGAAUGUGGUGAGUCAAGGUUUAGGAUUUGUAGUUUGUUCUGUCACCAUACCAAUUAAUGCAGGAAAAUAGAUUAGGAAAUAAUCAGAAUAUAAAAGACGUGGUUUUAUUUGAAAUCAUGAUGAAAUAUUGAGCUUUUUCAUUAUGCAUCUUAACCUAUUGCUUUAAAAAGGUCAGGGAGAAGACGUAUAACGUCUUUUUGACUUACUGCACACAUGACCUCCAGCCUUUGCUCUUUUUUUAGCAAAAGGAUGUGUACAUUUUGUGGUCAGUUUAAGUGGGCACAGUAGACAGUGCUAUAAGCUACCCCUAUAUUUUCGAGCACAACAGUUGAUAAGGCUGAAUGGAACACUUUGAGCUUUACCCCAAAUGCAAGCUUCAAGCACGUCCUGUGCAUACUUUUGUGUUGUGUAUUUUGGCUAGCAGAAGAUUAGAGAUGUUAGUUUUGGACAGAAGCCAUUCACCUUGCAUAAUAUUUAUUGCACUGGGCUGGAUAUUGGAAACAUAUUUGGAGAACUUUCAUUUCAGUUUUAUUUGAGCUAUUACUCUAGAAAUGCCUUCAUUUGAAUAUAAUGGCUUAACAGACCUUCAAAUUCAACCUUAAUGCAUUUGAAAAAGAUUGGCUUUCCUGCUUUAUUCAAGACAGAGAUCAGAACUGAAUUAUAAUAGAAUUAUAAUGUAUUAUUCACAAAAAUUGAACUAGAAAUAAGGUAGGCAAAUCUUGAGGGUGAUGAUAAGUUACAUAAUAAAAGUGAACAGCCAAUGAACCAAAACCCAUUGAAUUUUAUUCAUUAUAAUCUGAUAGAAUCUAGAAAUGAAUCUGUGGUACCAUCCCAGAAAUAUUUCAAGGUGUUGGAAUACUUACACUCUAAGUACAGAAGACCACAUAAAGGUCAGAGAGAGAGAAAAGAGCAGAAAAUAGAAACAAUUUG